CAAGAGGAAUGCAUUAUUUACUGGAUUGACGUCAGCUUCCCUCUACGCAUUCUUGUCUCUGCAGGCGACGGUCAGAUCGGAUUUGAUGAAUUUGUUGAGGCCUUCUCCUCUGAACAACUUACUGCCCCUCCGGAUGAAUCCACCCUUCAGCAAACAUUUGAUGUUUUUGACAGGGAUUCAGACAUAUGCCGUGGUAUCUGUGUCACAAAUGCAUUAUCCAUAAAACAACACGACUGUGAUCUAGGAUACUCAGCUGUCUACAACGUGGUCUCUUACGCCUACCACUACAGCCGCCUGCAGAUUGAAAUCCUCCUGUAA